AUGUGUGAGAGUUUUUUUUUUUAAACAGAUCAGAUCGUCCAUCUUUCGCAAGUCUAGGGGAAUAAAUCCACCAACACCCCCACAAAGCACGUUGUUUCUCCACCCUUUUUCCACGUAACGCCUGUGACACGUUGGUACGUUAAUAAAAGCGUUACUGGUCCACCGUAAUUUCCAUAUCAAUCCAAGCCCCCAAACUCCAUCUCCACACGCCAAAUCUCCAUCCUACAGUAGCCGUUAUUCCCUAUAAAUACCAACCACCAAUCAACCCUUCUCUUCUCAACCCAAACCGACUUACAAUGAAGAUCGAGAUCCAGUGCUUUUACUUCCUUACCCUUCUCAUCCUUCCGAUUUACGCUGCCACAGCCCUGGGUGGCAAAAGUGGCGGUGGUGGUGGGGUUCUCGUGGGUGGGUGGCAGCCGAUAAAGAACGUAACAGAGCCGCAUGUGACGGAGAUCGGAGAGUUCGCGGUGGAGGAGUACAAUAAGGAGUCCAAGUCUCAGUUGACGUUCUUGAGCGUGGUGAAAGGCGAGACCCAGGUGGUGGCUGGAACCAAUUAUCGGCUCAUCGUGGCGACUAAGGAUGGUGGCCUCACCAAAAACUACCAAGCUGUUGUGUGGGAGAAGACUUGGGAGCAUUUUAGGAACCUUACUUCGUUUACGCCUGUUAAUGAUUGAUUUUAUUGAAUGAAUUUGUAAGUGGAUGGAUGGAUUUUGAGUGUUGAAAUGUAUUAAUGUACCAAAUUUGUUUUGGAUAAUAAAUUUUACUAUCCUCUUCCCACUAAACAAGACAA